AGCGGGAGGGCGGGACCGGCAGUGUGUGUGGGAAGUAGAUAGAGGCCCGGAGACUGCUGUGUAUAGGCCGCUGUGUGUCUUCCUCCCGCCGCCGCUAUGUGUGACAAGGAGCUGAUGUGGGCUCUGAAGAACGGAGACCUGGACGUAGUGAAAGAGUUCAUUGCUGGGGGUCAGGAUGUUAAUCGGACGCUAGAUGGUGGUCGCAAGCCUCUCCAUUAUGCAGCAGACUGUGGGCAAGAAGAAAUACUGGAGUAUCUACUCUCAAAAGGAGCGGAUAUCAACGCACCAGAUAAACAUGGCAUCACUCCUCUUCUGUCUGCCACCUAUGAAGGACACAUGAGAUGCGUCAAGCUGCUCCUGGAAAGGGGAGCUGACAAGAAUGUGAAAGGACCUGAUGGACUAAGUGCCUUUGAAGCUUCAGACAACCAGUCAAUUAAAGAUCUACUGCAUUGAUGGAACUGGAGAUUGUCAGCACCGUUUGCCUCUCACCUUUUAUUUUUUUUUUCUUUCUUUUUUUUUUUUCUGCCAGUUCAUCCAUAAUUUUUUAUUUUAACUGUGGGGAAAUGCAGUGACGCUUGAGAGAGAACAGCCUCGGUUAGACAGAAUGCCCCAAUGUCUCUGCUAACUUUUUCCAAAGUUUGGAACAUACCACUGUCUGCAAAAGCACAGGGGUAUUUAAGGAUCAUUCGACGGAAUGAAUCACAGAUCUUAAUUCUAGAACAUAUACCUUGUUUACAAAAGAUAUAGAACAACUUCCUCUUGAUUGUAGGGAUUGUUUGAACUUGAAGAUUAAAUAAGAUUUUUUUUUUUAGCUUUCUUAUUUAGAACAUUGAAUGAGAACUAGCAUUUUCUUGGCUUUUGAUCAUGUUCUAUACUGUUUAAUAAAUACUCUUCACCUCA